UCGCGCACAAUACGACCUCAUCAUCCCGCGUCUCAACAAUCAAGAUGGCGCCUUGUAUUCAAAGAAACGAUGCAAAUUAAAGUGUCACUGUUUUGCCAUUAGCUGCUGUGUUGGUCAGUGAGUGUUAGAAAAUGAAGUCGGACGUGGAAGAGUUAAUGCCGAGGCUGUUGCCGGUGGAUUGUGGAGAAGGAACCGAGAACCUGGACCUCAGUGGACCGCCCAGGAACCCCCAAGAAUACUUGCGACAAGUCCAGCUGGAGGCAUCACUGUGUCCUGAUGUGGUGGUUGCUCAAAUCGACCCAAAGAAACUGAAGAAGAAGCAAACGGUCAAUGCUUCUGUAGCAGGGUGCCUUGCUGCUCCUGUAGGCUUCUGCCCCAGCCUCAGUUGGCAGCAACACCAAGUCAGUAACUUUUCAGACGUCAGGCAGAGCAUCACUAAGAACAGGACACACUGGAGUAACCACAUCCUAGAUGACAAUGUACAGAUGCCAAAGCUGACAGAUGAAGAGGGCUGGAAGAGGUUUUGUUUAGGAGAGAAGACUUACCUGGGUCCUUCAUCAUCCGGACUAACAGAGGCAGACCAAGAGCCAGCACUGGACUACAGCAAGGUGGGGUUUCCUCCACUGCUAAGCAUUGUCAGCAGAUUCAAUCAGUCUCUGGUGCUGAUGCUGCUGGACAUCCUUAUCAGCUGGUUUGAAGAGAGAGAAUUUGUUCCACAGCUGGGCCGUUGGUUGUACGCGCUCCUGGCCUGCUUGGAGAAGCCGCUGCUGCCUGAAGCCCACUCCUCCAUCCGGCAGCUGGCCAGGAGAUGUGCCCAGCUCCGUAGCACAAUGAAUAGUCAGGAGGAUGAGAACUUGCCUGCUCUCAACCUGCUCAUCUGUCUUGUUGCAAGAUACUUUGAACAGGUUGAUCUUGCAGACCAGCCGGAGUGAACGGGAAGCUGGACUGUGAACUGACCGAUAUCAGCACAUUGGGACAUAUUUUGUUCUCAAGGCUGCACGUGGAAAUGGAUGAGCAUUUUCACACAAUAUCCCACCAGAGCAUCGACAGGAAAGCCAGGAGCAACCCCCAAAAGGGCUUGACUGAUUUCUUUUCUAAAAAAGAAAUCCAUUUACAUGACCACAUUUUUUGCAACUGAAGAGGUCACCCAGUGAAAGAUUAUGUAAAAUAUUUUUUUUUGUGUGUGAAUCAAAAUAAAUGGUUUAUAGGAAAA